AUGACCCGCAGUAGAGCACCUUCCGUCAAUCAAUCUUUGGCAUCGGCGUCUGCUACUCCAACUGCGUCGAUAAAGUCACCAAAUUUGAAUAGAUUGCAAAAGCUACAGACCCGAAGUUCUGGUAGGUCGCGGAGGGAGUUAUCGGAAGAGAGAAGAUUAGUUGGUGAUAAUGAUUCCUUUUUGUAUAAUGAUGAUUCUGAUUUAUCAGACGCAGAGUUUGACUCGGAUUCAUCUCUGAGAGGUUCCUUGUACAGAUCGGCUACAGCACAAUCGAAUAGGAAAUCACGACCAAGAGCGGGCACCUUUGACCACCACCCAUCUAAUGAAAAAGUGUUCUUUCCCGAGGCUGAGAAGCAUAUCCUCAAUUCCGACAUGCUGACACUCAAUUUACAAGAUGACCAAGAGCCACCGUGGGCUGGAAUGACAUACGAGUCCUUUUUGACUCCGAAAUAUAUGAAGCUUUACAAACGUAAUAAACAGAGCCCCAAAGUCAUUGACAACUUAUUCUUGGCGCAAGAAUUGAAUGUGGGUAAUAGCACUGGCGAGGAAUCGCAAGAAAGUGACAAAGAAAUUGAAAACGGCGCAUACGAGGAAGAUAGUUCUGGUUUUGAACAGGCUUCGGAUAUAGGAAUGAGCAAAGAGAUUUUUGUCAUGAAAUUUAGUCGAGAUGGGAAAUACCUUGCCGCCGCAGGUAGAGAUGCUGUUAUUAGAAUCUGGAAGGUUAUCGCAUCACCAUUGGGAAGACUAGAAUAUAAGCAACAUGAAAGAGAAGCAGGUUCUCCCGAACGAAGCAGUCGCCGCGAUUAUGUAUACGACUCAGCACCAGUAUUUCACAGGACACCAAUUGAGUUGCGUGGCCAUAAACGAAGCAUUCUUACACUUGCUUGGAGCAAAAAUAAUUUCCUUAUUUCUGGUAGUAUGGACAAAACAGCAAAACUAUGGCACGUUGAUCGUCCCAAUUGUUUGCAAACUUUUAAACAUGAAGACUUUGUUACUGCCGUAGAGUUCCAUCCCUUGGACGAUAGGUUUUUCGUGAGUGGAUCAUUGGACAACGAAGUACGACUUUGGUCAGUUUUGGAGAAUUCAGUAUCGUAUUGGCGCAACUUGGGCAAAGAUGUGCUAAUUACCGCAGCAAACUUUACACCUGAUGGUCUUUACUGCAUUGCUGGUGGUUUUAAUGGCUCCUUGUUUAUUUUGGAAACAAAAGGGCUUCAUGUUGUGAAUCGAGUUGAGAUUCGAGAGAGAUCUAUAGUUCACCCAUUUCACGAAAAGAGCGGCAACAAGAUUACAGGGAUUGAAGUAUUUGAAAACACAGCAUAUCAGCCCUCGUCAAAGUCAUCAACAUCGUCAACAUCCUCGGCGAAGGACAAGCUGGACCCAGCCCUUGAUAAAUGGACAGUAUUAAUCACCACCAAUGAUUCAAGAGUUCGAAUUAUUAGUACUCAAAAGAAGAAGCUCAUCACUAGAUUCAGGGGUUUGGUGAAUAAUUCUUCUUCAAUAGCUGCCAAUAUCCGUGAUGACCACAAAUAUGUCAUUUCAGGUUCUGAAGACCAUUAUUGUUAUAUUUGGGAGAAUAAUAAUAGCAUAAUCAAUAAUAAGCUCCGACAAUCAAUGAAGGAGUUUGUGCUUGAUGGAAAGCAGCAUAUUAAUGAAUUCCACCACAAGCAUGAAAAAUACACCAAGUUAUUGCAGACACACAAGAUAUUCAACAAAUUGUUUGACUCCGAGGAUGAUUCGCAAUAUGAUUUUGUUGCAAAUGAAAACAAUAGUUACUCCAGUUUCCAUGCUCACCACUCUAAAUGUAAUGUGGCCAUUAUUGCACCACAAAUUACCAAAACACUACUUGCGCUUUCAGAUGAUCUUAUUUAUGAUCUUAAAAAACGAGGCGAGGCGUGUAGAAUGGAUCCCUCCAAAUGUUAUUGCUCGACUUCCUCAAAAGAGCACCGUCAUGACGACCUGAUUGUUUCUGGUUCAGGCUCAAACGCAGCCGCUGCAGGAGACGGUGACAUUAUAGUUACUACCGAUCAAUAUGGUCUUAUUCGAGUUUUCCGUCAAGAUUGUGCCGCUAGUUACAGGAAACAGUUUAUUGAGUUUUACAAGAAAUGCCAAUCACAUGGACCACAAAUUGACAACACUAACCCAUUGUCACCAUCUAAUACAAUAAGAUCAAAUACCCGAUCCAUCCGCAGAGGAUUGGGUGGCUAUAAUGGUGACCGACAAAGUCCGAUUCGUUCAGAAACAAGAAAUAUCAAAAACAGACUUUCCUCGUGUAUAAUUCCUUCAAGUUCCAGCAACAAUGUGGCUAUAAAUAGCAACGGAAUUGGCAAUGGACUGGUAGGGGCAACAAAUUAUCAUGGUAUCGGUGGCAUGGGCUCCCCGCAUUCAUCGACUUUUGACUCAAUGACAUCUGACUCGACUUUGGCAAAUACUUCUAAUUAUACUUAUGGUUCAUCAAAAGCCAGUAAUAUUUUUGACCAUCCUAUCAUAAACGUUCAUGUUGAAGAUGACACAGAGAUGGAACACGAGCACUUACCUUCACUUUCACUGCAACAACAAGAACAAGAACAAGAACAGCAACAGCAGCAGAAGCAGCAUUAUCAAAAAGGGAAUGGGCUUUAUGCAAAUGGAGGAAACCCAAGUGAGGCAACGUUGAAUGUAAUUCCGAAUGAACAUGCAAGACGUGUAGAUUCAAGACAAGAAACCUUCCCACGCAUGCUGCUGCAAAGCCAACAAAGCGUACCAACCAUACAACGACCUAUACCGCCAAUCCACGUUAAUGGAAAUGUGGUGCUGCCAGGUCUGCCAGGUCCAUUAGCUCAGUCAACUUUAAAAGACCAAUCAAAUGUUCCUGUUGCACCAAUUGUUCCAGAUAAUAAUGGGUCACAUUCUAAAUUAGCAGAUGUGCCGAUUCAACCAAGCCAUUGA